AGUAAAGAGUCAUUUCAGCCACAGGGGGAGGGGAGGGGAGAGAGCUGAGAGCCUGGCAAAAAAAAGGAAGGAGGCAAAAAAACAAAGAGGAAGAAGUCAAGGGACACUUUUUUUGUGGAGCAGGAACACGUGGGCCUCGGUUUAAAAGUCUACUUUGGGAUUCGAUCUUCAUUUAUUAUUUAUUUAAUGACCAUUAAGUUUACAUCGAGCCAGACUCGUGGUGUCUCUUCCUGUACACGUUACUUUGUAUUUGUGUAGAAAUCUUUUAAACACUGAAUCGUCUUGCUGGUAUGUGUGCGGUGUUGGGAUAACUGGGAUACAGUUCCCUAUCCGAUUGGGGAUAAAGAGAAGAGAGAGAAAGAGAAAUGGAAAGCCCCAGGACGACGAGUUCACAGACGAGAUGGAAACUCUUAAGGAAGUCACUGCUUCUGUGUCUUUUUGCCGGCCAUGGCGAGGCUCAGUGCAGUGGCUGUGUUGAGUACUGCUGCGACGGAGCGCCUCCAUUCUGCUGCUCGUACUAUGCGUAUGUGGGGGAUGUCCUCUCGGGCACUGCGAUCUCAGGGAUCGUGUUUGGAGUAGUCUUUCUGAUGGGAGCCGUGGCAGCCAUAUUUUUGUGCAUUUGCAUGUGCUUGAAGAACGGCCGUGGAGCGAGAGUGGGCGUCUUCAACACAUCGUACAUCAACACAGUGACUCAGGGCUAUCCAGGGCCACCACCUCCCUACAGCUUUGACUAUGAGAUGUAUCCCUCAGAUCUUCAACCUCCUCCAUAUACCCCAAUGCCUCCCAGAACGGCCAACUACUCCCCGCCUCCGCCUUACCCCGGCUACAAUCAAAAAUAAACUUUCCUCGUGCUCACGCUGCAGAAGUGGGUUGGAAAGCACUGCUUAUGGUAUUCGGCGCUGCACUGGACAGAACGACGGUGUAACCAAGUAUCAAAAGUUGCAUUCUUGUUCAGAAUGUUCUGGUACAUUCUGAACAAGAAAAAUAACUGAACUCUGGGAUUCCGUGCCACAUCCUGUGCAUUCGAGUGACUCGAUUAUAUUUUGGGGGAUGUGGAUCAUUCCCAGUGUUUGCAUACUUUGACUUUUUUUUUUAAUGAUUUAUGUGAAUGAAUGAAUAUUCUGGUGGUCUAUGGACACUUGGAUUACUCUUUAACACAAAAAGUAAAAGCAAUGUCAUGGAUAAAGCCAUACUCCAUUUAGAGAUUGUGACUGGAAAUGCUUGUUUCUGUUUCAUGAUGAUCCAUAUUGCUCACUUUGCAGCACUUUCAUGUGUGAACAGAAACCAGACGAUGUUGAAGCCAUAAAAUUCCAAAAGUAGCAGUGGCUCAGUGGUUAAGGCUUUGGGCUACUGAUCAAAAACUGAUCCUUAACCCUCAACUGCUCAGUUGUAUCCUGUCUCAGAUGUACAGCAAGUCGCUCUGGGUGAAUGCGUCAGGCAGAUUAGCAACAUGUGAACAAUGUAAACGACUCAGUUUUGUGUUCCCGAUAAGAACCGAAAACAAAAAUGUUUCUUUCCUAAACUCACUGAGCCUAAUAAAUACAGUGACAUGAGGAAUAUUGGUAGGCAUGGUAAUACAAUGUUUGUGUUGUUUAUUUAUACUGAACCUAUGAGAGAAAUAUAUCCUUUCAUGUGAGGUAAAAUAAUUUAAAGAUAAAGAAAACAAACGUCCUUUAAAUCUGCAUGGGAAUCUUCAUGUAUUUCAUCCAGUACGCUGUGUGUGUGUGUGUGUGUGUGUGUGUGUGUCUGUAGGGUUUAACAACGUGACUGUGUAUUUCCAGAUCAGAUGAUGACAUGCCUCUUGGAUGAAUCAUGCCAUUCUGACACAAAAUGUUUGUUUGUUUUUUUAUAGUUUUGUUGUGUGUUGUAGCACCAGUGCCCUGCCUCCUGCUGAACUCCAUCUAUUAUUGCAUUUUUCCUACAAUCCACGUUUGCAGAAAUACUAGAAUAGGGAAAGGCCUAGAUAUGCUAAGUUUGCGAACAAAUCGGCUACUAACCCUGAGCUCUGCAUUGCAUUGUUGCUUAGCAGUCUUUCCUGUUGCCUUCUUUACUUUGCUUUCUGAUUCAGUAAAAGCACUCACUCCUCUUCUUAAGACUAAUCAGCCGAGUCUUCUCUUCUUCCUGCAACUGCAAUGCAGAGAUGAAGCUUUCUUCCUUCCCAGCGGGAUCUGCCGCCAUACCUGCUGCUCAUUUCGUUUUUUGCUGUAGGAAGAUGAUGCAUAGCUGGCAUUAUGUCUAUCAUGUGUUCAUGUGUCUCUAAUGGUAUUAUGCUGCAGUUGUGGCUAAAGCUUUCUACGUUCAUGUUGCAAAUGGAAAAUGUUCAGGUCCAAAAUGUGUCUGUUGACCAUGGACCAUGUGCAUCACCCAGCUCCAUCAGUGAAAAGCAAACAUCCCAGCACCCAACCUGGAAAUACAGAAACAGGCUGGAAAAUUUGCAAAGCUUCAAGAGUUCACACAAGAUAUAACACUAGUUCACUGUCUUCACACUAGAGACAGUUUGUUUUUAGUGUUAGCAGUUUUUCAAUUUUGGGGGAAUUGAUGCACAACUGAUGUUUUGUUUCAGCAAGAAAUUUUGUCACAUUUACUCUUGCAGUUCACAUAAUUAGGCACAUUCGUGCAAUUACCUUCUAAUCAGCUAAUCAUGUAGCAGCAGCGUACUGCGGAAAAAAAAUCAUGCAGAUACAGGUUUGUGUAAUGUUUAAGCAUGGUGUGGAUAUUUGCACCAGAUGGGCUGCUUUAGGUAUUUCAGACACUGUUGAUCUCCUGGGAUUUUCAUACACAGCAGUCUCCAGAGAAGGAGUGAUAGAAUGAGGAGAAUGUGAAGAGACAGCAAAAACAGUGAGUAACAAUUCUGUGGGUAGAAACACCAUGUUGAUUAGAGAAGUUGGAGGAAAGUUUUUUUAAACAACUGUACAAAACAUCAGGCCUUGAAGUGGAUUAGAUUAGAUUAACAGCAAAAGACCAGAUCAGCUUUUGACUCCAAGAAUCCAAGGCUAUCAUGAGCACAGAAUUACUCCAAAAUUGACAACUGAAUACUGGGGGGGAACAGGUGAUUUAUCUUUUCUGUCUAAUCUUCAACUGUCCAGUUCAAGGUGAACAUGAUGGACUCAGGUUCCUGUUUUUGGCUGAUGGGAACAGAACCCAGUGUGGUCUUCUGAUGAUGUUUUUUCCUCUGAACUCUCUUAUCAACAAGACAUUUCCACCCAGAGAACUGAUGCUCACUCCGUGUUUUUUUCCCCCUGCACCAACUCUACAGACUGUCAUGUGAGAAAAUCCCAGUAGAUCAGCAAGUUAGAAGAGCCCAUCUGGUACCAACAUUCAUGACAUGAACCAAAUUGCAGACAUCACACUUUUUCUUCAUUCUGAUGUUUGAUGUAAACAUUAACUGAAGCUCUUCAUCUGUAUCUGCAUAAUGUACUUGCAUUGUGCUGCUGCUACAUGAUUAGCUGAUUGGAUAACCGCAUGAAUGUGCAGGUGUUCCUAAUAAAGUGGCUAGUGAGUGUAUGUGUGUGAGAGCGAUGCAUGCAUUUUUUUCUACUAUUUGUUUUGUUUUUUUUAACUUCCCUUACUUUAGAUGGGUUUGGAGCUCCUUUUUGGUUUUGUGAUUAUAAAAUGAAGCAACAGAAAUGUAUUUAGCAAAGUAAAAGAUACACAAAAUGCUACGUAGUUUGACUUCAAUAGCAGCCUACAUGUUUUUCGGUGACCGAUCUGAACACCAGCUUAAUUAGGAAAUGCCAAAUGGUUAAAUGGACAGUUAUGACAUGAGUUUUGAUAUUAGAAGUGUUUUGGAGUUGUUUUUGAAGUGUUGAUUUUGCGAAACAUGACUACAGUGUGAUCAGUGGUAUGUGGCCUGAAGCCACAUCUGAUACACAUCUAUUUAAGGGUAUACUUAACUUAUAAUAAUUUUUGUUCAUUUCUCUUAUUCUAAAGCCUAAACCUAUCAAUAAAUCUCCUAAAUGUAAAAAAAAAAAUUGUUGCAAAAUUUUAUUUUGACCAGAUUUCUAUGUAUCGCUCCUGAAAACUAAGGUAGGGACACAGCUACAUAUUUUUGCAUGACAAUUAUACCCUAAAGCAUACAAAUUAUUUAUUUAUUUAUUUAUUGCAAUGGCCAUCAUUGUCAAUAUGUGGGGUAACAAAUCAUUUUAUAUGAAUUAUUUUCCAGCUCAUUCAGCAUGAUCUGUUAUGUUCUUGUGAAAGCAGGGACACUCAAAAUAUAGAGGUGCAAAUAUUUAGCAUGUAUUUAACAACAAAUUUUUGUUUGUUUGUUUUUACCUAAUUGGAAUGCUGACAAUUGCAUAUUUCUGCUCAAAGGUAAAUGUAAUUAUACAACUAAUAAACCUUUCAUUUAUUGCAC